GCUUCCCGGAAAAAUGGGUCGAGAUAUCUCCAAUACUCCGUUUGCGUGGCAGUCAAAAACGAACACACAAAACCGGUUUUUAAAAUUUUUACUUCUUGUCAUUAUAUUAUCAGCUCUAUCAUUUUAUAUUGGGUUCCCAGAUUCUAAAAGUGCAUCUCCUGUAUCAGAUAAGCAACAAUAUUCUGAUCAGCAAAAAGAAGUCGUCAAUUCCAAUUCUUCCAACACUGAAUCUAAAAAUGCUGGUUCUGAAAAUCCGGGAUCUUCUGAAACUUCAGCUGAUCAAACGGCAAAUGAACCGAAACCUGAUAAAGUUUCUGACGAUAAUGCAGGAUCAGCAGAAACUAUAGAAUCCAACGGUAUCGAAAAAAUCCCAAGUAACGAUACCAGCUCUCCAAUUUUUGAUAGUGCAGUAGUACCAUCUGGUCCAGCUCAAGAAGAGGACGAAGCUGUGGAAGAAGAGAAAAAAGUUGAGGAAGAGCAUGAGAAUCACGGAAACUCAGAGGAUGCAGAAGAAAAUAAAUCAGGCGAUGCUGUCACUACGACAACUGAACUUUCGAUGGAAGAUCGGGAAGGAAAUGAUGAUCCAAAAGAUGAAUCAGAAUCAGGUACCACUGUAUCAAAUAAUGAAGAAACAACUACGACUGAAAAUAAAGUUGCUGAUGAAGCUCCAAGCAAGGAAGCGGAAAGCAUCCAAGCUUCUCAAGACAGCGAUCACGUUGAGAAAGAAGGUGAAUCAGAAACAACGACUACGUCUGACGAAUCUGCAACUACCACAGAGAAAAAAACAAACGGAGCAGAACUUGUAGAAAAAUCCGAAACUGAAGAAAAGAAUGGUGACAGUUCAACUAAGAGUCCUGAAGUAACUUCUGAAAGUUCUGUAGAUACAACAACUAUUGAAGAACAACUGAAAAGCAAUAAUGAUGAAGAGAAGCAGGUAGAUGGAAAUGAGAAAGAAUCAACAUUCCGAGUACUCAACGAAGAUCACAAUGAAAAUGAAGAAAUUGGAGAAGGAACGAAAAAGGUGACAGAAGAGACUACUACUGUGGAGACAACUGAGAGGCAAAAUGUUGAUGAUACCACGGAAAACCAAACUACCCAAACGACUAGCUCAUCGUAUAAUGCGAAGGAAGAAAAGAAAAGCUACAGAAAGUGUAAAGUUGAAGAGUGGAACGACGUAACUACAGUUGAAGUUCCAAAUCAAUCAGUUCACAAAAAAUUACUUUUAGAUAUGGAUUCUGAGGAUGAAACUGAAAAUAUUCAGCAUAAACCCAGAAUAAUUUCAGCGUUUGCUUACAAGGACUCAAUUGCUGUAACACUUUCGGCUAAAAACUUUUCCAGUGAAACUGUGUACUGUCGUUAUCACGAUUGCUAUAAGAAAGGAAUGGGUGACCCAAAGCCUUCAUUUGUGUAUCCUGAAUCUACAGUGUACUGUCCUAGAAGAGCCGGAGCAAAAUAUAUUUCAAUAAGUGAAACACUUGACACCAUAGGUCAAUAUCCUGUUCAAAUCGUUAAACGACAGCGACCAGAGCACUUUUUGACAGUUUGCGUUCCUCUGAAUGAUGAAAAUGUGAACAUUCUUGAAGUGGCAAGAUUCAUUGAAUACUACAAACUACAAGGAGCCACUUUCUUUAAUGUGUAUUAUAAAAAUAUGAGUAAAUAUCAGACUAUGUUACUGGAGGAUUAUACAAAAACUGGAGAUGUUAAACUUGUGAAAGUUGGAAGUGAAUCGACAGAACAAAUUGAAGCAAAUGAUUGCCAACACCGAAGCAAAUAUUUCUCAAAAUGGACUGCAUUUUUGGCGCUCAAUGAUCGCCUGGAAGUUGGAGAUGGUGCAAAGGAAGGUACUACAAUUGCUUCUAAGAUAGAUUCUGUUGUGGAUUUCAAGUUGAAUGUUUUAAAGUACACAUCUCCGGAGACUGAUGAGAAAAUUAGAAUUGUUGUUCGUCCAGAUAAAAUUGUAUCCAUAAACCAACAUCCAAUUUUGGUGUAUUCUGAUGAUCAACCCCAGGAGGCAAUUGCAGAAUCUUCUGGACUUUUGAAAGAAUUUAUAAACUCCGACGACAAAUGGACACCAGAAAACCUAUCCGAGAAUAUCGAAGAUAAUGUUCCGCUCCGAGGUGAACUUCUGGAAAAUAUAUUGUCACGUACGAAGUUGGUGUACAGGACAAUGGAAGAGGAUUCUAAGAUGGAUGAAUAAAAGAUGUAUUUAUAUUAUUUGUUAAUUAAAAAAUCGGACUGAAAUUGUAAUUUAUUUUAUUUUAAGAAUUAAAGGUUGUUUUUAAUUUUCAGAUGACCAGAAAGUGGUCAAUUAAGUUAAUUGUUAAAUUAUUUAUGACACAUGAUACUACUUAAGUGAAUAACAUAUUGAAUAAGAAAGACAAUUCAGAAA